CACUACAAUAUUUAAUUAUGUUCUUUCGUCGGUUCUAUUAGUAGGCUAUUACUGAGUUGUCACACGCAAUUGCUUUGUAUAUUAUUACUGUGAGGAGUUAAAAUGGCGGAGAGAAGACUAAAAAGGGAGCUGAAAGCAAUGCAGACUGAUCCACCAGAAGGCAUCACAGCUGAACCAGUAGAGGAUGAUCUCUACCACUGGGAAGCCACCAUUAUGGGCCCAGCAGAUACAGUAUACGCUGGAGGUAAAUUUAAGCUGGAUAUCAAUUUUCCAGUAGACUAUCCAUUCAAACCCCUCAAGAUUCAGUUUAAAACCAAGAUCUACCACAUCAACAUUAAUGUGAACGGUAAUAUAUGUAUAGAUAUUCUACAAGAUCAAUGGUCCUCAGUCAUCACAGCUGCCAAGGUUCUGUUGUCGGUGAGUUCCCUACUCUCGGAUCCUAACCCUAACCACCCACUGAUGCCUGAUCUCGCUCAGCUCUAUGUAACAAACCGAACACAAUAUGAUGCCAAUGCUAGACAAUGGACAAAAGAGUAUGCGAUGUGAUGACAUCUGUGUUACAUUUCUCAUGUUAGGUGUGCUGAUGUCAAUUACAAUCGAGAUGAAAGCUUUUGACAUACGUGAAAGCUGUAUAUAUUUGAAAGCUGGCAGUAUUACCAAGAGAUUUUCUCUUUAAUGUAUAGAAGCUUCAGCAAUUAGCUUACUAUCAUCAGAUGGUUUGCUGUUUCAAUCACAUGACACUUUUAACUCAACAAUUUUUUUGUUGUCCAAUACUGAUAUUUCAUUACAUAACUAAUGCACACACUAAAACACUAACCUUCGUCAAUCAGACAACACCUAGAGAUAGGAGGAGUCACAGAGAUAGCAAAACUUGUAACCAGCCAACAAGCAUAUAACUAAUUGAAAUGAACAUCUCUGUUAAUGAUGAAAUGUACACUGAUAGAUGUUCUUCCAUUUAAGGUAAAGCGGAAUUAAGUACUGUACAACUUGUAAUUUUCAGGGGUCAAAAUUUUCAUGAAUUUUUUAAUAACAACCAAAUUAUAUUUUAAUGAAAGAAACUUUUGCAAUGUAGAUGUAAAAGAACAUCUUAUAUACACGUGUCUCAUUAUUUCAUAGAUUAAAUUUUUGCGGCCUCUUUUAUGUACUGUGAAAUAGCGUGAUUAUGAAAGUGCAUUUAUCCAGUGAUAAUGGCUUGAUUUGUAAUAGGCCCACCCUAUCGUUGUUACUUAUAUCCUAUUUCAUUGUUAUGUUACACACAUUUGUAGAAGAAUGGCCCCACAGACUUAUUGUGGGUAAAUAACAAUAGAUAAAUAUUAGCUAUAUAUAUUAACAUUAUGGUCUUUUUUAUUUUGUUUGUUUGUUUGUUUAUCUAAUUUUUUUACAACUUUUAAUUUGGACAAAUGUUGGAUAUGUGCAUAUCAAUGUCAUUUAUGUCAUUAUAAACUGACAUCAUCAUUGUUCCGCCCUCAGUGUUAGGAAAAACUGAAGAAAAAAAGAUAUUUAUUCUAGAAGAAAUGGCAGGUAGGAAAUCAAUGAUAGUUGUUUGUUUGUAAAUUAAUGCCUAGUGCUAUAUUUUAAAGGUUGUAUUAGACAAUGAUUGCCUGUUUUUUUUGUUAAACACAAAAGUUUUACAAUAUUGUUUUUUUUUAAAAAGAAGAAAAGUGUCUAUUUCAAUACCAAUAACAGUACCACAUUUUACAAAGAAAAUUUUAUUGUUUUUUUAAAUUUUUUUUUUCAGAAAAUCAUUCACCUCAUCUGAUUCCUAACACUUGAAAAAAACCAUACAUUUUUCCAUUUUAACAUUGCUAAGCCAGAAGUUCCGCUCAGUAUCAGAAUUUCUGUGGUAGCUGUUGAUUGCUGACAGAAAAACGUACAACAUAGGGUCCAGUGGAAGAGUCAUCAUGAUCUCGUCGAGGAUUGAUCUUUUGUCUUUUGUGAUACAAAGUUUAACACAUUUUAAUCCUGAUUACGCAAUGAAGUUUGCAUUUCUGCAACAGGUGCCAUGAUUAGAUCUAAGAUCAAAUAUGAAAUGUAGUAUCCGGUUUUUAUUGUAAAUUAUUGUUUUAGUGGUGUUUUGCCCUUGCCUCAUGUAUUUGAAUUAUGAUUUUGCAAACAGCAAUUAUUAUUUUGUUUUGUUGUCGAUAGAGAUGUUACGUUUGCGUCCGUUUCCAGAACAAGGUUGACCAUUGCAGUGUUAAAUAAAGAGAAUUUUCAAAAG